UCUUCUAAGCCCAAAAAUCUCGUAGCCUACUGCACGGCCCAAACACCACCACGAAGCAGCCCAAGGGAAACACUGCAAAUCGGCAAAUCCCCCCAACUGCUCCAGCCGCCGCCAUUGCUACUGCUUGUGGGGAGCUCCGCCCCUGGGACAUGGACAUGGAUAUGGACAUUGAGACCCUCGCCGACGACGCCGACGUGGCGCUCGCCCGCGACAGCGGCGGCGAGGCCGAGCGUUACGAGGCCGCCGAGGCCGAGGCCGACCUCCUCCGUGACCGCCUCCGCCUCGCCGUCAUCAGCAUCGCCACCGCCGAAGGGAAGAAGGCGGGAAUGACGGUCGCCGAGCCGGUUGUUGCCUGCAUCGCCGAUUUGGCAUACAAGAGCGCAGAGCAGCUGGCUAAGGAUGCAGAGUUGUUUGCACAGCAUGCUGGUCGCAAGUCCAUCAAGAUGGAUGAUGUCAUACUCACAGCUCACAGGAAUGAGCAUCUUAUGGGCCUUCUGCGGACCUUCGCUCAAGAACUGAAGGGAAAGGAGCCUGCAAGCAGCGAGAGGAAGCGAAAAAAGUCGUCGAAGAAGGAUGAGAGGGUAAUAGACGUCUGAAUUCAGAUAUCCGUUAUGUUGGCUAAAGAGGAAGGCAGCACAAGCGCUCAAACUACCCACCUGUUCUGCAUUUGGCACUCUUGGAUACGGCUCAUAGCUGCGUGCAAUUCCCAGAACUGACUUAUAUUGUACAUACUGUUGUAAUUGUUCAUCCUAUACAGUUUCUGGCACUUUGCCGCGUUCUCAGCUGAACGAGUGGACAUAAGCAAAUUAAUGUCAUCACCUUAGGCCCAAUCUGCAUUGCUGGGCCUGAAUCCCGGCCUUAACCAUGAAAGCAAACGAAUGCACUGACUACUGAGACGUAUUUACAUUUUCA